AUGCUCGGCAAGAUCCUCCUUACCAUCGACGCCCUCAUUCUCCUCAUCGGUGCCCCGGUGGCCGACUACAAUGAAACCCACAUCUUUAAUCCGGCCUGGAAGCCACAUGCAAAAUUUCAUUGCGGCCAAACCAUUACCUUAUCCGUGGUCCUGGGCCUCGCAACCCUCUUUUACACCUGGCUGCCAUGCGGCCCAGCCAAAUCAGGCCCGGUCCCCACACCGGCCGUACAGGUCGAGAGGCGUGAGCGGAUGAAGGAUUCUUUGCGCACGGCGGGCUUCCUUGGAAGUGUCUACUGGUUGGCAGGGUUGGCAGCCAUCUUGUAUCCCAACACUGCAGGAACCGAUCCCGAGUUCGGCGACGUCAACGACUUCCCUCAAGGCAAAAUGUUCCCGGCAUUUGCUGGCUUGGCCAUCUUGGGGGCAUGGCUCGAGACGAGGCGCCUUAGAUGA